AUGCCAUCCACCAAGCAGCAGCGAGCACGCCGCCAGACCGCACCAUCUGGUCCGCCGCGAAAGCCAACCAUCGCCGAAACCCGGCUGACUCUCGAACCACCAUUGGAACAUCCCGACAGCCUUCAGAAAUGGAGUGUUCCUAAGUGUGACAAUGAACUCGAAUUCUCUGAAUGGUUCAAUGGCGUGAAGGAUGACCUGAUCGAGGAGAGCUACGACCAAUACCAAAACUGCUUGGACGACCUGCAACAAUCGCGUGAGCACAUUGAUGACAUAUUGACGAACACCUUGACCCUCCUCGACUCGCUUUCACAUCUGGCUAAAGAGUUCAAUGCCGUCGAGUCGCAAACCUCCAAUUUCGAGAAACAAUGCGAGGGUCUCCUAGCUGCCCAGGAGCGGGAUACAAAGCUUGCAAAUGGUAUACAGACCAAUCUUCACUACUACGAGUUUCUGGAUCCUGCUUCACGGCGACUCAAUGCCCCUGGUGCCGGGAACACGGUUCGCGAUGAGGAAUUCUCCGACAUGCUUCGACGGCUCGACGUUUGUUUGGACUAUAUGGAAACGCAUCCCGAGCAAAAGGAGGCGGAGGUCUAUCGGUCGAGAUACCGAUUGCUUUUGACCCGUGCUCUUACCCUUAUCCGAGGCAAUUUCGUGUCGUCUCUUCGCGAGAUCUAUCAAAGCGUUUCGAAAAAGCUAUCAGACCAGUCACUGAACGACACUGCUCUAUCGGCCCUCCUUUAUGCCAAGUUCAGGGUUGGCGCUCCAGAGUUGAAACAAAUUGGGGUGGAAAUCCAAAAGCGAGCCGUUCCACCGUUGAAUCCAGAUCAGAACAACGAGGCAGAAUACCAGAGCUUGAUGAAUGAGCUGCAUAGCAAUUACGCUGCGACUCGUGUACGACUCAUUGUACCGCUAGCUCGCAAGAAACUCAACGAAAUCACGCAGACUCCCAGUUCAUCGAAGGAUCUCGUCGCGUUUGCCCGAGCGAGUAUCGGUUACAUCCGUGGGCUAUGCCUGGACGAAUACGACUUGUGGGGUGAAUGGUUCCACGGUCAGGUAGGAUUAUAUGAUUUUCUGGAGACCAUUUGUGAGCCACUUUAUGACCAUCUCCGCCCUCGAAUUAUCCACGAGACCGAUAUUCGCAAUCUAUGCCAGCUCUGCACUCUCCUCCAGACUCGAUACUUCCUAGAUCCCGAGGAAGAACCAGAACAAACCGAUGCAAACCAACUUGACUUCUCCAUUCUGAUCCAACCUGCUUUGCAAGAUGUUCAGACUCGUCUGGUCUUCCGGGCCCAGGCGGUGCUUCGUGAUGAAAUCGAGAGAUACAAACCCCGCCCAGAGGACGUUGACUAUCCCAUGCAUAGUAAACAAGUGUCCCUAACUGUGACGGAUACUCAAAUCUCGGGGAAGAAAGAUACAUCUGCUGACACGAUGAUUGACAUGACUAAGACUGCCCAUGGGGGCGACGAAACCACCGCCGCAUCGGAGCAGGAUGGAAAGUGGGACUUUGAGACUCAAACUGCGCUUAAGGGUUGGUAUCCAACCUUGCGAAAGGCGAUUUGGCUCCUCAGUCGGAUCUAUCGUCUUGUAAAUUCUACUGUCUUUGACGAUCUUGCCCACCAAAUCGUCCAUCAAACCACCCUGUCUCUUCACAGUGCCAGCACUAUCAUCUCCAGCAAAUCUACUCCUGCAGAUGGUCAACUCUUCCUGAUGAGUCAUCUUCUCAUCCUGAAGCAACAGAUCGUCGCCUUCGACAUCGAAUACGUGGCCCCGGAGGUUUCAAUUGAUUUCUCGGGCGUAACAAGCACAUUCUGGGAACUUAGAGAGCGGGGCGGCCUCUUCAAUCCGCGCAACUUGAUGCGCCUUGUCGGUCAUGGACUCCUUCCCCGUGUCGUAGAAAACAUGCUUGACGCCAAAGUCGAACUGGAUGGCCGCCUCCGAACUGUCAUCAACGACUUUAUCAAUGCCUUCGCGUCUCGCAUGACGGCUUCACUCCCCACAAAAUUCAUCGAUACACGCAACUUGCAAUACGGUGAACUCGUUCAUCCCUCCUGUCGCACAAUCGAGAAAGAGGUACCGGCCCUACGCAAGAUCCUCAACGAGUACAUUGAUGAUACGCGGAUGAAGGAAACUCUCGUUGGUGCGGUACAGGAUCGCACAAUUCAGAUUUACGAGGACUUCUUCGAGAAAUACACCUCAUCCGAGAAAGGCAAGGGCCAUGCCGUUAAUAAACUUGGCAAGGGCCGGGACGAUGCAGUGUGGGAUGUGGAGACCUUUGCCGUGUGGUGUGAGGGUGUUUUCCGAGUCGGCGUCGCGGGUCUACAAUCUGAGCAGGUGGAUGACCUCGCCGAGGAUGAUGACGACCUAUUGAGUCAGGGCUCUUAG